CAACUACAUUCCUCUAGUACAAAGGAUCUUGAACUUCCAAAACCCGUCACCACCGCGUUAAGUCCUAUAACACUGAGUCGCCUUCUACGAUGCCUUCAAUCCUGCUUUUGGGUGCUACCGGUUGCGUGGGCUCGCACCUAGUCAUCGCCCUCAAGAAAGAAUAUCCCACUUUCCCUGUUACGGCUUAUCUGCGUAACAAAAGCAUUGAGAAGUACUUGUAUGAGACAGCCGGUGUUCAGAAGAUCGUCUACGGGACGUUUGAGGAAACCGAGAAAUUAGCAGCCUUGGCAAAGGAUCAUGAUAUUGUUAUCAAUGUAGGGUCUUCCUUUGAUCCGGUUCUUACUCGUGCCAUUUUGGCCGGCCUUAAUCAGAGACCUGCGGGUGUCAAGUCAACACUGAUACAUAUGAGCGGAGCUGGAAAUUUCGUCGACACUGAGUCAAACACUGGCAUCGCGAAUCCAAACUGCAAAGUGUGGAAUGACUCCAACGUCAAGGACAUGGAACUGAUCAAUUCAGGAAUGCUUAACGGUGCUCCCGACGAAGUUAUCCUCAACGCCGGAAAAGAGGGCAAGAUUGGAACGUAUAUCCUCUUUCCCACAGCUCUGUAUGGCCGGUCCACUGGACCGGUGAAGAGCCCUGGCGUAAUUCAGAGCCUCAUGAUUCGGCAGGCUAAGGAGCUUGGCUAUGUCCCCUAUAUUGGUGAUGGAACUGUCCGUUUCAACACCAUGCAUGUCCUUGACAUUAUCCCCCCGCUACUCCGAAUGAUUGACCUGUCACUGCAAGAAGAAACGCCUCAAGGUAGCGUCUACGAGCGCUGCUACAUCAUUGGGGCAAACCUGAACAGGUGGAUUGAACUGAGCGCAAAGUUUGCAGAGGUCUUCCACGCUAGGGGCCUGAUCCCUUCUCCAAUUCCCAAGUCGAUCAAGCGGGAAGAUGUUGAUGAUGGAGGGGAGCUAGCGAUGCUCAUGUCUAGAGAUCAACUCUUCUUGUCGGAGCGGGCAGAGAAGACAUUGGGUUAUAAGCCAACGCAGAAGCCCUUAGUGGAGGACUUGCAGACGGCACUAGAGUACUUCGAUCUGUGAGGGGUAUUUUGGGUCCCUAGAUUUUGUUGGGGUCAGGGUUCGGGUGACUCUGCAUCGCUCUUUUUCUCUACGUAUUCCGACGACACUUCAGAUCAUUUUAGCGGCUUUUUCAAUCAGCAUAAUAGUGUCGCGGCACAUCUCUGCAUGAUAUUGUAGAUGCAUUGAAUGCACCCCUCUCACGUUACAAAUUAGAAGAUCAAUUUGCUUUCCC